AUGGCUGGCUGCUGUUGCUCUAGGAAAUGCCCCUCCCUGCCCGCCAUCUCCCUCUGCUCUACCGAGGUGAGCUGCGGAGGACCCAUCUGCCUACCCAGCUCCUGCCGGAGUCAGACAUGGCAGCUGGUGACUUGUGAGGACAGCUGUGGGUCCUCUGGCUGUGGCUCCCAAUGCUGUCAGCCCUCAUGUUCCGUGAGCAGUUGCUGCCAGCCAGUGUGCUGCGAGGCCACCAUUUGCGAGCCCUCCUGUUCUGUGAGCAGCUGUGCCCAACCUGUGUGUUGCGAGGCCACCAUUUGUGAGCCUUCCUGCUCCAUGAACACCUGUGCCCAACCUGUGUGCUGUGAGGCCACCAUUUGUGAGCCAUCUUGCUCCAUGAACACCUGUGCCCAACCUGUGUGCUGCGAGGCCACCCUGUGCCAGCCCGUGUGUUGUGAGACGACAUCCUGUCAGCCUGUCCUCUGCUUGCCCACCUCCUGCCAGCCAGUGAUCUGUAAACCCAGCUGCUGCCAGCCAGUCAUCUGCGAGCCCAGCUGUUGCUCAGCUGUCUGCACUGUGCCUGCUUCCUGCCAACCAAUGAUCUGUGAGCCUGUGGUUUGUGAGCCUGCUUGCUGCCAGCCAGUAUGCCCGACACCUAGCUGCUGUCCAUCUGUCUGCUCUGCAACCAGUAGCUGCCAGCCGGUCGACUGUGAGUCCAGUCCCUGUGAGCCACCUUGCUCAGAGGCCAGUGCUUGUCAGCCAACUGCGUGUAUGGCUCUGGUGUGUGAGUCUGUUUGUCUCCGUCCUGUCUGCUGUGUCCAGGGCCCUUGUGAGCCACCAUGUGGUUCUAGCAGCUGCCAAGACUCCUCAGGUUGCGUCUCCAGUAUUUGCCAACCUGUCUGCCCUGAGCCCAGCCCUUGCCUACCAUCGGUGUGUGUGCCCAGUCCAUGCCAACCUUCCUGCUACAUAGUCAAACGAUGCCGUUCUGUCUGCUGUGAGCCUGUUUCCUGCCCAUCUCCCUCCUGCCAACCUGCUUGCUGCCGUCCUGGGUCUUCUGCAUCUGCUAUCUGCCAACCAGCUUGCCCACCUCGGACUUUCUACAUACCCAGUUCCUGCAAGCCACCUUGUAGUCCAGUUUCUUGCCGCCCUAUUUGCCGCCCCAUCUGUUCUGGACCCAUCACCUUCAGGCAACCAUAUGUGACAUCCAUCACUUACCGCCCUGCCUGCUACCGCUCCUGCUACUCCAUACUACGCCGUCCCACCUGCCUAGCUUCUUACUCCUACCGCCCUGUCUGCUCCCGCCAGCCUUGCACCGAUUCUGACAGCGAUAAGACUGACUGCAAAAAGCCAACUUCCAGUCAACCCGACUGUGCUGACUCAACACCUGGCAAGACAGAGGUCCCAGAUGAGACUCCCUGCCAGCCUUCUGAGAACAAACCCGCCAGCCCCAUCACCCGUGAGGCAGCAGCCCCCCAGACUGCUGCCAGCAAGCCUGCUGACCGCUAA